UCGUGGACGCGCUCGGGCCGAAGGGUUGUUGCACCGUUGGUUGCACCGAGGGUUGCACCGAGGUGCCCGGAAACCGCGACAGAUGUUGCCUCGUCGAUCGGUCGCAUCUGGUUGCACGGCGGCGCGAGUUUACGCGGCUGAUCUCGCCUCGACGGAGUAGAAAAUACGCGUUCGAGCGGACGUGGACGGCGAGAGCGCGAGGCCACGGUUGUUGCGCGCACGGCGUACACCUCAAGAUGGCUGUCUCUAUUCCAGGCCCGGGUCUCCCCGAGCACGCAGAUCUCCGGACCAGAUUGCUCCAGGCCACUGCAGCCCAUUCUGAACAACUCUGAAUCUGAAUCUGAAUCUGAACCUGAAUCUGAACCUGAAUCUGAAUCCUGAGCAGACGUCACGGUCGGAUUCGCAGCCGACGAUUAGUUAAUCUCUGGUGUAAUCCAGAUUCGCGGAUUCGAAAAUCUACAAACAAUCCGACACUAAUGGGGAGAGUGUUCGAAUCGUUCGGUCGCGAGGAUUUGAAAAUCUGCAUUAGGAAAAAUUACUGGUCGUACCGCGUCGAUGUUUCUGUGACUGCAUGAAUGGUAAACAAUGUGAAUUGACAAUUGUCCGGAUUACAAUAAACAUGAUGGAUUACGAAUUUAAAAUGAAGACUCAGAAAGAUCGAACCAAGGUGGAAGAUCUUUUCGAAUUCGAAGGAUGUAAAGUUGGAAGGGGCACUUACGGGCACGUCUACAAAGCCCGUAGGAAGGAAGGUGUACCGGACGGCGAAUUAAAAUCUCGACCGGAUACAAAGGAUUUCGGUUUAAAACAAAUCGAAGGCACGGGCUUGUCGAUGUCCGCUUGCCGUGAAAUUGCCCUACUCAGAGAACUGAAACACGUCAAUGUGAUCACAUUGAUUAGAGUUUUUCUCUCUCACAAUGACCGCAAAGUUUGGUUGUUAUUCGAUUUCGCGGAACACGAUCUAUGGCACAUAAUAAAGUUUCAUAGAGCGGCGAAAGCGAAUAAAAAACCUGUUAUGGUACCAAAGGGUAUGGUCAAGUCUUUGCUGUAUCAGAUUUUAGACGGUAUUCAUUACUUACAUUCCAACUGGGUGCUUCAUAGAGAUUUGAAACCAGCAAAUAUUUUGGUAAUGGGAGAAGGCAACGAAAGGGGACGCGUGAAAAUUGCGGACAUGGGGUUUGCCAGACUAUUCAACGCUCCUCUGAAACCGCUGGCAGAUCUGGAUCCUGUCGUAGUGACAUUUUGGUACAGAGCUCCGGAGUUGCUGUUGGGAGCUAGGCACUAUACGAAAGCUAUCGACAUUUGGGCUAUCGGAUGUAUAUUCGCGGAACUUUUGACGUCGGAGCCCAUAUUUCAUUGCAGACAGGAAGAUAUUAAAACCAGCAACCCGUAUCAUCACGAUCAGCUGGAUAGGAUAUUCAACGUGAUGGGAUUUCCUCUGGAAAAGGAUUGGGAAGAUAUCAAAAAAAUGCCGGAACAUCCAACGUUAUUGAAAGAUUUUAAAAGAUCCAAUUACGCAAAUUGCUCUCUGACAAAGUACAUGGAUCGGCAUAAAAUUAAACCCGACAGCAAGGCGUUUAAUCUGCUUCAAAAAUUGUUAAUGAUGGAUCCGAAUAAGCGAAUCACGUCCGAGCAUUCUAUGCAGGACGCUUACUUCCAGGAAGAACCGUUGCCAACGCAGGACAUAUUUGCCGGAUGUCCUAUUCCGUAUCCGAAGAGAGAGUUUCUAACGGACGACGAUACAGAGGAAAAGACUGAAAACAAGGCGCGACAGAAUCAACAGCAAACGCAGCAGAAUCAACAGCAACAAGGAAACGGCGACCACAACCACGGGCAGAACGCGAAACGAGUUCGAUUGAACGGCCCGCACGGAGCUCCGGAGUUUCAUCAGCAUCCAAGCCACGCGAUGACCCAUCAACAACCACCGGGAAUGGUUUAUUCCACUGCCCAGCCAACCCAGCCGUCGAACUUUCAUCAACGUUUUUGAACGGUCUCCGGAUAACGAAACGAAACGAUUCGUUCGGUCGGUAGUUCGUUAAUUAAAUCGAUCAACUGUAUUCAACAAAUACGAACAUCAACGAUUCCUGUAUAUUCCAUUACAGUAGAAUAGUAAAAUUUUAUUUAUAUAUACA